UCUACAGUGUUUAGCAUUGUAACCGACGGACCGGUACUUUCAAAUGGCAAAUGGUUCCAUGUGGCCGCAAUGUACGAUGGUCUGCGAGGUAGUGCUAAGAUUUAUAUUGAUGGUAAAUUGAGCAAACAAGAGUCCGCUGAUCCCGGUGUAUUCCUGUCGCGGGACUGGUCUAAAUAUGCUGGUAGGUGGAAAUAAAUCUCAGAGGUCGAAAACCUUAGCUUAGUCAUUGAUCAAGAGAUAUUCCCUUUCGUGUAGAAAACAAAACUAACGUUACACCGUCGUAAUAAGACCAGCGCGCGCAACUUUAGAAACAGGAAGUAUCCAAUGAAUUGACAAGAACGUAUUUUUAUCCACAUACCCAGGGAUUGGUGAAUUUGGCGGUAGAGGUCGCUUGGAAGGCUUUAUAGAUGAGUUCUACAUAUACAACAAGACACUCGCUGAAGCGGAACUCAAAGCACUUAUACAAAAAUGUCAAGGGCCGAAGAGCACGAUGGUCUUGCAUUUGAGCUUUGACAAGAAAAGUGGUACCCAGUUUCUUGAUGAUUCAGGGCUGAUGAACCACGCCAGAAUGCCAGGACCACCUGCGGUGCCAGGCCAG